CGAGAGGUCAUAAAGGACCGAGCAGCAUGUUUCCCCGUCGCGAUGUGUGCACCGAUAACAAGUAUAUAAGAUGCCUGUUGGAGCGGCGAACUCAGAGUCUGCCGCAAGGAACGGGACCAAACAUGGCUCACAACGUUGCCAACGGCGUGUUCACCACCCUUGGCCUCGUCCUGCUGGCUGCCCUCGCCCAAGGACUGCAGGUGUGCCCAAGUCUGUCCUGCCCGACGCCCGCCGGCCUCUUCGCCCACCCAACGAGCUGCGGCAGCUACGUCAAAUGUUCGCACAGCGAGGCCGUCCUCAAGGAGUGCCCCGAGGGCCUCCACUUCCACCCGGUGCUGCGGCGCUGCGACUACCCCGCCCUGGCCCAGUGCAACAUCACCGCCCGCCUGCAGGAGUCUGGGUGCACCCUCAAGGCAGUGAAUCCAGCAACACCCCAGCUGCACGUGCUCUCCUCCUCCUCUGUGGAGUGUGACUGUGACUGUUGCUUCAAGCCCCACGAAGUCUGCUCCAAGUACUACGAGUGUAACGCGAACGGCGAGGCAUUGCUGCAUGAAUGUUCCGACGGUCUCGUCUUCAACCCCGAGAUCGAGAACUGUGACUUCGCGAGCAACUACCAGUGUCCCACCCUGCCGCCCGUGUGUGAGUGUGACUGCCGCUACCCCGUCGAGGAUGAAUGCAACGCCUUCUACGACUGCAAGGACGGAGAGCCGGAGAAGAAGUACUGUCCUGACGGCCUCUUCUUCAACCCCGCCACCGGCGUGUGCGGCCUCCACUGCCUGCAGACGACGCUGCGCCCCUCGCCCACCACAACCACCACCACUAUAACCACGACUAAGCCACCACCUACCACAACCAUCACUACAACCACUACCACCACCACACCCACUACCACCACUACACCCACCACCACCACUACACCCACUACCACCACCACACCCACUACCACCACCACACCCACUACCACCACCACACCCACUACCACCACCACACCCAUUACCACCACUACACCCACCACCACCACUACACCCACUACCACCACCACACCCAUUACCACCACUACACCCACCACCACCACUACACCCACUACCACCACCACCACUACUACCGCAAGACCCGCUUUCAACACCACCACCCGGCGGCCCUCCUUCCCCUGCGUUGACUGCUCCAGCGGCCAGCAAUACUUCCCUCACCCAACAGACUGCAGGAAGUUCAUCCAGUGUGCCCCAUACGGCCCGCAGGAGAUGCCCUGUGCCAGAGGCACCAUCUGGGACCAAGGCAAGCUGACCUGCGACCACGAGGCCGUCACGCCUUGCGUCACCGGCAGCUACGAGGACCCCGACGGCAACUGUGUUCACCCCCCUACCACCACCACCACUACUACCGCAAGACCCGCUUUCAACACCACCACCCGGCGGCCCUCCUUCCCCUGCGUUGACUGCUCCAGCGGCCAGCAAUACUUCCCUCACCCAACAGACUGCAGGAAGUUCAUCCAGUGUGCCCCAUACGGCCCGCAGGAGAUGCCCUGUGCCAGAGGCACCAUCUGGGACCAAGGCAAGCUGACCUGCGACCACGAGGCCGUCACGCCUUGCGUCACCGGCAGCUACGAGGGCCCCGACGGCAACUGUGUCCACCCCCCUACCACCACCACCACUACUACCGCAAGACCCGCUUUCAACACCACCACCCGGCCCUCCUUCCCCUGCGUUGACUGCUCCAGCGGCCAGCAAUACUUCCAACACCCAACGGACUGCAGGAAGUUCAUCCAGUGUGCCCCGUACGGCCCGCAGGAGAUGCCCUGUGCCAGGGGCACCAUCUGGGACCAAGGCAAGCUGACGUGCGACCACGAGGCCGUCACGCCUUGCGUCACCGGCAGCUACGAGGGCCCCGACGGCGACUGUGUCCAUCCCUCUACCACCACCACUACCACAACUCCACGUCCCAACACUACCACCACCACCACCACGAAGGCUCCACCCACAACAUCUUACGGCCCUGGCUGUGAUGUCGUCUGCCCCGCUCCUGUGGGCCUCUUCCCGCACCCCCAGACCUGCAGUGAAUGGGUCCAUUGUGACCACAACAUCCCCUACGUCAAGGACUGUCCGGCCGGCCUCCACUUCAAUCCGGACCUCAAGGUGUGUGACUGGCCAGACGUCGCGAAGUGCACCUCGGGGCCCGACCACAACUGUGAGAAUCCCACCCCCGCCCCGACCACGCCAUCCCCCAAUGCCACAGUCCCGACCCCCAACCCCGUCUGUGACUGCCAGUGCUGCCACAAGCCCGCCGAGGACUGCACCGCCUACUACUACUGCGACGAAGACCAGUCAUUGAGCUACCAUGAGUGUUCAGAAGGGCUCGUGUUCCACCCUGAGCUCAGCACGUGCGUGUACGCCGACAUGUACGAGGAGUGUAACCCCACCGAGGCACCGCCCGUCUGCCUCUGCGACUGCUUCUACCCAUCCGAAGUCUGCUCCUCCUACUACUCCUGCAAUGAUGGAGAACCAUUCAAACUUGACUGUCCAGAGGGUUUGCACUGGAACCAGGAAAAGAAGACGUGCGAUCUGCCCCAGUUCGCCAACUGCACGACGCCCACCCGGCGCCGCCGCGAAAGGAUUAAUAGCUAUGCCACGGCAAAUCCGUCUCCAUGCGUGUCUGAUCCUUACCUGAGGGUAUAUAAGACGCAGUCUGGAGGGACCGGGGCAGUUGUCACUCUCCUCACGUCAGCUGGAGCAAAAAUGACACAGAAACUUGUAGGCGGCGUUCUGGGGGCCGUCGGCCUCCUCCUGCUGGUGGUCCAGACCCAAGGACUGCAGGUGUGCCCAAGUCUGUCCUGCCCGACGCCCGCCGGCUUCUUCGCCCACCCAACGAGCUGCGGCAGCUACGUCAAAUGUUCGCACGGCGAGGCCGUCCUCAAGGAGUGCCCCGAGGGCCUCCACUUCCACCCGGUGCUGCGGCGCUGCGACUACCCCGCCCUGGCCCAGUGCAACAUCACUGCACGGCUGCUGGAGUCUGGGUGUUCCCUCAAGGCAAGGAGCCUCGCAACACUCCGCCAGCUACGCGCAGCCCACGAUUCUGACGAGGCCUCCUCCUCCAAGGAGUCACACGGCAAGCACUCCGGAGAGUCCCACGGCAAGUCCUCUGAAGAGUCAUCACACUCCGGAGAGUCAAACGGCAAGCACUCCGGAGAGUCACAGGGCAAAUCCUCAGAAGAGUCAUCACACUCCGGAGAGUCAAACGGCAAGCACUCCGGAGAGUCACAAGGCAAAUCCUCAGAAGAGUCAUCACACUCCGGAGAGUCAAACGGCAAGCACUCCGGAGAGUCACAGGGCAAAUCCUCAGAAGAGUCAUCACACUCCGGAGAGUCAAACGGCAAGCCCUCUGGGGAGUCACAAGGCAAAUCCUCUGAAGAGUCAUCACACUCCGGAGAGUCAAACGGCAAGCCCUCUGGGGAGUCACAAGGCAAAUCUUCUGAAGAGUCAUCACACUCUGGGGAGUCACAAGGCAAAUCCUCUGAAGAGUCAUCACACUCUGGGGAGUCACAAGGCAAAUCCUCUGAAGAGUCAUCACACUCCGGAGAGUCAAACGGCAAGCCCUCUGGGGAGUCACAAGGCAAAUCCUCUGAAGAGUCGUCACACUCUGGGGAGUCACAAGGCAAAUCCUCUGAAGAGUCGUCACACUCUGGGGAGUCACAAGGCAAAUCCUCUGAAGAGUCCCAGUCAUCCUCCUCCGAGGAGUCACAGUCUACUGAGGAAUGUGACUGUGACUGUUGCCUCAAGCCACACGACGAGUGUUCAAAGUACUACGAGUGUGACGAGGAGGGUGGCGAACCACUUGUAAUGGAAUGUUCCGACGGUCUCGUCUUCAACCCCGAGGUCGAGAACUGUGACUUCGCGAGCAACUACCAGUGUCCCACCCCGCCGCCCGUGUGUGAGUGUGACUGCCGCUACCCCGUCGAGGAUGAAUGCAACGCCUUCUACGACUGCAAGGACGGAGAGCCGGAGAAGAAGUACUGUCCUGACGGCCUCUUCUUCAACCCCGCCACCGGCGUGUGCGGCCUCCACUGCCUGCAGACGACGCUGCGCCCCUCGCCCACCACCACUAUAACCACGACUAAGCCACCACCUACCACAACCAUCACUACAACCACUACCACCACACCCACUACCACCACUACACCCACCACCACCACUACACCCACUACCACCACCACACCCACUACCACUACUACACCCACCACCACAACCACGCCCACAACCACCACCACACCCACCACCACUACUACACCCACCACCACCACUACACCCACUACCACCACCACACCCACCACAACGACUACACCCACCACUACGACUACACCCACCACUACGACUACACCCACCACCACCACUACACCCACUACCACCACCACACCCACCACUACGACUACACCCACCACUACGACUACACCCACCACUACCACUACACCCACCACCACCACUACACCCACUACCACCACCACACCCACCACAACGACUACACCCACCACUACGACUACACCCACCACUACGACUACACCCACCACUACCACUACACCCACCACUACCACUACACCCACUACCACCACCACACCCACCACAACGACUACACCCACCACUACGACUGCACCCACCACGACCACUACACCCACCACUACGACUACACCCACCACAACGACUACACCCACCACUACGACUACACCCACCACUACGACUACACCCACCACUACCACUACACCCACCACAACGACUACACCCACCACUACGACUACACCCACCACUACCACUACACCCACCACGACCACUACACCCACCACUACGACUACACCCACCACUACCACUACACCCACCACGACCACUACACCCACCACUACGACUACACCCACCACUACGACUACACCCACCACUACCACUACACCCACCACAACGACUACACCCACCACUACGACUACACCCACCACGACCACUACACCCACCACUACCACUACACCCACCACUACGACUACACCCACAACCACCACCACCACCACCACACCCACCACAACAAGCAUACCACUACCUCCUACAACCACCACCACAACCACUCCAGUUAGCACCACAACUAUAACCACGACCCCAACCCCAGCCUCCAACACGACCCGGCCCUCCUUCCCCUGCGUGGACUGCUCCAGCGGCCAGCAAUACUUCCCUCACCCAACAGACUGCAGGAAGUUCAUCCAGUGUGCCCCAUACGGCCCGCAGGAGAUGCCCUGUGCCAGGGGCACCAUCUGGGACCAAGGCAAGCUGACCUGCAACCACGAGGCCGUCACGCCUUGCGUCACCGGCAGCUACGAGGACCCCGACGGCAACUGUGUCCACCCCUCUACCACCACCACCAUCACAACUCCACGUCCCAACACUACCACCACCACCACCACGAAGGCUCCACCCACAACAUCUUACGGCCCUGGCUGUGAUGUCGUCUGCCCCGCUCCUGUGGGCCUCUUCCCGCACCCCCAGACCUGCAGUGAAUGGGUCCACUGUGACCACAACAUCCCCUACGUCAAGGACUGUCCGGCCGGCCUCCACUUCAAUCCGGACCUCAAGGUGUGUGACUGGCCAGACGUCGCGAAGUGCACCUCGGGGCCUGACCACAACUGUGAGAUUCCCACCCCCGCCCCGACCACGCCAUCCCCCAAUGCCACAGUCCCGACCCCCAACCCCGUCUGUGACUGCCAGUGCUGCCACAAGCCCGCCGAGGACUGCACCGCCUACUACUACUGUGACGAAGACCAGUCAUUGAGUUACCAUGAGUGUUCAGAAGGGCUCGUGUUCCACCCUGAGCUCAGCACGUGCGUGUACGCCGACAUGUACGAGGAGUGUAACCCCACCGAGGCACCGCCCGUCUGCCUCUGCGACUGCUUCUACCCAUCCGAAGUCUGCUCCUCCUACUACUCCUGUAACAACGAUGAGCCACUCAAGUUUGAGUGUCCAGAGGGUUUGUACUGGAACCAGGAGAAGAAGACAUGCGAUCUGCCCCAGUUCGUCAACUGCACGAUGCCCGCCCGGCGCCGCCGCCUUUAGAGGUGACCGACGUUCUUGCGAAAACCGGGAGUGAUGGCUCGUCACUGCCAAUCUAAAGUAGAAAGUAUUACAAUGGCAGAUCCAUUUACAGUAAAUAUUACUUAAUCGAUUCUGAUUAGAUGUAGCGGGUGAAGCUUUAGUAUUCGAAGUUUGAAUUAUUUUGAUUCAGUAUAUAGCCUACGUAUUAACAGCAGGUAGACAUGGAUCGUAUGCAGACAAACAACUUGCCUGUACUGUUAAUGCCUAACAGCCUCAAACGAAAAAAUUGGGACAAUAUGGACUAAACAAUCAUGAUACUGUAUUUUCAUGAAUAACAGAUAUAUAAAUAAAC